AUGUCGUCAUAUGAAGCGACAUACUCAAUGCAUUCAGCUAUUUCGCUAUUGAAUCAGAACGAGGAUGGAUCAGAAGUAGUGGGCGAUGUAUGCUACGGUGACUGGCGUUGGCCUCCCGGGUGUCGCGACUGCGACUAUCGUAUAUCAUGGAACUAUUUGGACGACAGCGAUGAAAUAGAAUUUUCCAUUGAAACUCGAGCACCUUCGAACUGGUGGACCGGAGUUGGCUUCUCGCCCAGUGGUACUAUGGUGGAAGCUGACAUGAUUGUCGUCAAAAGUCGAAAUGGCGAAUUAUCGCUGCAUGAUAUGUACAGUACCGGUUACGGUGUGCCGCGAGAAGAUAGCGAACAAAAUGUUUACACGCCUACCGUAAUCGGAACACAUGUGAACGGAGUGUUGAGAGCGCAGUUUACUCGAAAACGCGAUACAGGAGAUCGGAAAGCCGAUCAUCAUUUCUCGGAAACUGACUCAACAAGCUCAUGCGAAACGGAGUUUCGUUACCCGGCUGGAUGUGAUGGGGCUGCUUGUGACUACAUAGCAAAGUGGGAAUACAGUAUGACACGAAAAGAUGUGAAGUUUGAGAUUUCUUCAAGAGAGCUGGGCCGAUGGACCGGCAUUGGCUUUUCUCGGGACGGCCAAAUGGCGAAUUCAGACAUAUACACUGGCUGGGUGUUUGAGGGAAAAGCUUACGUUACGGAUCGAUUUGCUUACGGACGCCAGCUUCCAGCGAUUGAUCCAGCUGACCGCCAGGAUAUAUAUGAAAUCAGUGGUAAAGCAGAUGACGAUGUUCAGACGAUAGCAUUUCGCCGAAAGGUGCUACCCGCAGAUACGAUCACAGACUUCCCUUUGAACAAAUGCUACUAUUUUCUCUUUCCAAUUGGUGGUGGCCGAGUGCUGGCAAGAAAGAGUCAGGAUUUCCAGAACGCGCGAACUCCAAUUGGUUAUCAUGAUCUUUAUCAGCCCAAAGUUUCCAGAACUAAAAUUUGCAUAUGUGAUCAGAACGGUAUUUCAAUAGCUUCCGAGGAUGGGCCACCAGCAGUCCGCAAGCGCCGUCAGGCCAGCGAAUCAGCAAAGCCUCGUUCAGUGCGGCAGCUGCAAGAUCCUUUUGAAGUUCAGAUUGAUCCGUUUGGCGGGAUUAACAAAGAAGAUCGCUCGAUGGACUGCAUUGAUGUGGUGAUCGGAUCGGUGAUUGAUGAAGUAUCGCAAAUACGCGACUACUAUUCUUUCUCGGGAGCAAGUCCACAGCUUGAUGAAUUUUACGGCGGACAAAAUUCGUUGACUUCUUCGGCGGCCUAUCGAGAAAAUGGCAUCACCACAGUUGUUUUCAGGAAACCUCUACAAGCAUCCGAUAAAGCAGAUCGAUCGAUUCUACGCGGACCGACUACGGUCAUAUGGGCUAAGGGUGUCGAAGCGUCAAAAUCGGUGUCAGUGACUGAUAAAUCAGCUGUGCAGGUAGACAUUUUACACAACGAUUUAUCGCACUAA